AUGGCACCCCUCACAAACAAGGUUGCAAUCGGCACCUCAUGCCUAGGCCAGAACGAAGCACACACCCUGGACCUCAAAAUCCGCGCCGCAGCAGCACAAGGCUUCUCUGGUCUUGAAAUCGUCUACAGCGACCUAGACCGCUACAGCACUACACAAAACCUCCCCAUCAGCACCGGCGCAAAACAAAUCCGUCAGCUAUGCGACGACCUCGGCCUUGAAAUCCUCUCACUCGCUCCAUUCGAGAACUUCGAGGGCACAAAAUCCCCCAUACAGGACCGCCUCGCCGUCGCAUCAGCCUGGCUCGACAUCGCCCGUAUUCUCGGCGCAACAUACCUGCAGGUCCCCGCCCAAUACGGGGAUAACUGCACGGGCGACGAAGCCGUCAUCGUCUCAGAGAUGCAACAGCUGGCCGACCUCGCAAGCUCCGUCUCCCCCGUGAUCUCGAUCGCAUACGAGCCCAUGUCCUGGUCGCACUUCUACCCCACCUGGGAAGACGCCCUGCGGCUCACGAUGCUAGUCGACAGGCCGAAUUUCGGGCUCUGUCUCGAUACAUUCCACGUCCUGACUCGACUGUGGGCGAGCCCGCUCGAGGCUUCGGGGGUCUACCCUGACGGGCCGGCAAAAUUAGCCGACUCACUCCGUCGCUCAGUGACGGAUAUCCCGAUGGACAAGCUCUUUUACGUGCAGCUUUCUGACGCAGAGAAGUUUGAUCCGCCGUUCUCCAAAAGCCAUCCGUGGUAUGUUGAGGGUGAGGCGCCGGAGUUUACCUGGUCGAAGCAUGCGCGGCCGUAUCCGUUGGAGACGGAGCUGGGUGGGUAUACGCCUGUUCUGGAGGUGUUGCAGGCGUGGCUGGUCAAGAAGGGGUUCGAUGGGUGGGUCUCGAUGGAGAUCUUCGAUAGACGGAUGCGUGAUGAGAUGUAUAAGCCUGGGGUUGCGGCGGCGAGGGGGAGGAAGUCUUGGGAGAAAUUGCAGGCUGCUCUUACAGGGGCUACUGCUCGGAUUUGA